AUGGGUGAGAGGCUCAAUGAGAUUGAGACCUCGGAGUCGGAGUCAAAAUUUCAAGACAUGCUCGCCAUCAUUUCAACAAGCUCCCUUAGAGAACUGAAGGAUUAUCUCACCAGCGUCAAUGACAAUUCGAAGAAUUCCCCUACCAGACUCAACAACAAGGUGCAUGAGGCAUACCAGAGCUACCACCACUCACGUGGCGGUGGAAACCCUGCUACACGUACAAUGUCCAACAGCAGCGGCGGCAAGCCAUACAAGGUGAAGAGCAUGAUCUCUUAUAGUGAAGAAGAAGAGCGGAAAAACGAAAAGAAACUCAAUGACAAGCGUCUCAAAAAGUCCAUAUCGCAAACCUCGUCUGGUCUGAGCAACGGUGACAAAAAGGUUAAGAAAAAGAAGUCAUUUUUGCAAAAGAUCGGAUUUAAAAAGUCAUGA